AAUUGCUGUUCUAUGCUCAUGAAAAAGUGCUUGUUCCAGAGUCUUUACCAUGCUUCUCUUUCUCCAGAAGUUGAAUUUUAAAUCAAGUACCAAAGAGGAGAGGUUUGAAAGAUGUAUGAUGACAAAAAGCAUGCAUAUAUGAUACAUUAACUUUUAUUUUUACAGGCUUUAAACAGUGAAGUAGCUGUCUAGGGAGCUAGAAUGGGACGACUUAUAGUAGCUGAAAAGGCCUUGGAGUCCAGCCCCAGGACUCUGGCAUCCUCAGGGGCCAAGUAUGGCCUUAUUGUUGGCCAGAACACGGCCGGGCGGGCUCUGGUGGUGCACCUCUCGAGGACGCCUCCCGAGCCGACCGACACGGCGAGUGUUCGGCCGACGGGAACCGUCAGCGAUGUCUGGGUCGCCAAGCACGCCAAGCAGGUGAUCCAGCUGCUGCCGGGCGGGCUCGACAUCCUGGGCCUGUUUGUGGUGGGUGGCGCGGACGUUCUGAAGACGCAGGAGGCGCAGCUGCGCACAGCGCUCAAUGCCAUCUACCGGGCGCUCGACAAACUACCUCAGCUGCACGACCGCGAGGCCGAGGAGCGGCUGGUGGCCGCCGUUGACCCGAGGACCAAUAAGGUGACGUGCCGGUCUCUGGAGCUCUCGAACCUUACGGCGUCGCUGCGCCCGGCCGAGUGGCGCUUCCAGGAGGUGCGCUGGCACCGCGUGCAGUCGGAGCUGUUCCUGGACGUGACGGCCGGCGUGGCGCCGCUCGCCGCCGAGACCACCAUGUUCAGACAGAUCAUGAUGUCUCUGGAGCCGUUGUUGGCGUCGCUGUCCGACUCAACGUGUCUGGUAGACGGCCGUAUGGCGGCGUCCGACGCGCCGCUGGCCGCCGACGAGGGCCGGCCCGGGAAGGGUGCCGGCCGCACCUUCGCGCUGGACCUACUCUAUGACACGGCGAAGACGGCGCCGGCCGAGAAGCUGCUGGAGCCUGCGGACGCCGUCAUCCGGGUCAGCGGCCGGGUCCACUGCCUGGCGUACCUCCACACCAAGGCGACGGUGGCCGAGGCCGUGUCGGCCCUGAGCCGGGACACGCGGCGCUCGCUGCUGGCACGCUGCCAGAUGCAUUGUGACAGCUUGGUGGAGGAGCAGCCGAGCGACGAGUCGGCGACGGUGCUGCACGAGCCGCCGCGGCGGGUGCUGGCGCCGCUCGCGCCCUCGCAGCUGCACGCGUCCGACUACCUGUUCCCGGGCGACACGGCCGCCGACAGUCUGCAGACGUUCCAGGACCUGUUCGGCCUGGAGCUGCAGCCCGGGGACGUGAUGGACACGGUCGAGACGCCCUCCGAGGAGCGGGCCCACUCGGAGUGCUCAUCGGCGGCCGGCGCGCUGGAUGACCUGCGCGAGCUCCAGUCGGGCGGCGCACGCUGCAGCUGGCUCCACCUGCUGUUGGCCGUCGCUAUCGCCGCCGUCGGCAUCCUUGUCUCGUCCCUCGCGCUGAUUGGUCCGCGCUCGCCCGGACAGCAUUGACGUCAGCGAGAGGGGUGGAGUUGAUUGGCUCGGCUGUGCGCGGUGGUGUCUGGGACUAGAUGAUUGGUCCGUGCCCGCUGGGGCGACACCAGUGGUGUGAAUCUGAUUGGUUCACGUCCGACUGAGCACCAGUGACGUCAGGCGUGCGGUGAAUCUGAUUGGCCCGCGUCCGUCUGGACACCAGUGACGUGACGCAUUUCGAGCUGACUCGUCUAUUCAGCCCGGCCACAGUAAUGCCCGCCAGUCCUGGACAUGUUCGUCUGGUGUCUGACGUGGAGAAGCCGGUCGCCUCGGCUGCCACCUAACACACACUGACGUCACACUGGCAUGACAUCACACCGUCACACUACCAGACAUCGGCGAGAGGCCGUGUGUUGCGCGUUGGGUGAGGAGCGGCUGUGAGCGACACGAACGCAUUCGACGCCAUUCCUGCGGGAACUUUGGCAGACCGGGCCUCCGAAGGCGCGCCCGCCGAGUGUGACGUCAUUUUGACGUCACUGUCGGACGGCUCCCGUGGUGCCGCUCUCGUGUGCUGGUCGGGAUGUGCCGGAGCGCGUGCGCCACAGCGGUCGGGGCCGCACUGCACCUGUGACCUUGGAAAUGACAACAUGGUUGCGAUGGGCCUCGAUCUGUAGUGACAGUACUUUAUUGGGAAGCGGUGUGGGUUUGAUGGCCUAUUGUUGAGUGGGAAUUGGAUAUUUUCUAUACAUUUGUUGAUUGUGAGGGUUUCAGUGCUCCGUCGUGACAGAGUUUGUGGUAUUCAAAUGUGAAUACAAGGUUUUGGACAA